GCUUGUUUUGAGCAGAAGUAGUGUGAUGACAUUUUUGGUGCUUUUCCCAACGUUUUUGACUAAAUUUAAUGUUAAAAUAAUUCAUAAUAUUUUCUAAGUGUUUUGUCCAAAAUGGCGACGGACGUGUCCCAGUAGUCUACAGAGUUUACGGCUGUUUCUCCUUAAUAUUCGGACAUUUCUACCGAGUAGUGUGGUUGAAUCUCUUAAUGCUGAGCUGCCAUGGAGGGUUUGGAGGAGAAGCUCAAAGGUCUGUCCAUCGCUCGGCGGUCUCGCCCAGAGGAACCCACCUACCUGCUGAACGUCGCCCUGCAGCCGGCCGGCCUGCUGGCUGUGUCCUGCUCCAACUUCACCGUCCACCUCCACAACAAGGACACCCUGAAUAUGGUGGGAGAGUAUCAGGGCCACAGUGGGUCGAUCUGUGGGGUUGUUUUCUCCCACACCUCCCCUGACCUCCUCUACUCUGGUUCUGCUGAUGGGACAGUACAGGCGUGGGACGUCCGCCGUCCCGGGUCAGACGCAGCCCAGGUGUUUAAAAGUGACCCGUCACACAGCUACUGCAGCUUCGACCUGAGCUGCAGCGACACACUGCUGUGUGCAGGCACCGAGCAGAUCAACGAUGAAGACAGCUUCCUGGUUUUCUGGGACGUCAGGAAACCAGGUGGUGCGCUCCUCGGGGUGUAUUCUGAGUCACACAGUGAUGACAUCACACAGGUGUGCUUCCACCCUCGAGACAAAGACCGCCUGGCAUCCAGCUCCACAGACGGCCUUGUUAAUGUGUUUGACCUGAGCCGAGGAGCGGAGGAGGAGGCGCUGCUGGCCACCUGUAAUAGCGACUCGUCUGCCGGCUCCGUCUGUUGGUCCGGAGCGGACUACACCCAGCUGCUGUGCCUCAGCCACGAUGAGGGGCUGCACCUGUGGGAUCUGGGUCAGCUGGACACAGACGAGCCUCUCACUGUUUUCAGCACCUCUGACGCUCGCAGCCUGACUGUGCUGGCUGAUGGGGGAGGCGUAGAUUACCUGGUCGGAGGGAGCUGGCUGGAGGAGGCCCAGAAGCUGCUGGUGGUCGGAGGGAAGAACAGCGGGGACCUCCACCUGAUGGAGUGUGACGACAGGGGGCUUCGCCUGCUCAGGACCCUCAAGGACGGCCACACCUCCACUGUACGCUGCUUCCUCUGGGAUGCGGCGGGGGAGGCUCUGGUCACUGGGGGUGAGGAUGCUCAGCUGUUGCUAUGGAAACCGGGAGGGGAGGAGCUCAUGAAAGGGAAAAAGGAGUCCUUGAAGAGCGAAUCAGCUUUGAGAGUCAAAUCAAGACCACAUAAAAAACACGGCUACCAGAGAGAAAAGAAGGCAGCGUAGCCAAGGAUGGAAAUGUCAAACACUGAGUCACACUAACUGGACUCUGGUGGCAGCUCACUCCUGUGCCAACGUUUUAUUCCUGAGAGAAAUCAAAUUCAAACUUGAUAAAGAACAUUCUGCACUCAGGAAAAAGAAUUCUUUGUGCUCGAAAAGCCACUAACUUUGGUGAUUACACAAAAGGUCUGGUCACUUAACAUUUCUGUCCUCUGAGUGUUCGCUCAGAUGGACAAAUCCAAGUGUGUGUUUCCUGUUUCAGUGUGAUCUCCAGCUGCUCCUGCUCCUUUGUUCAGCUUUGACCAGACGAAUGUGCUCAAACACUGAAGCUCUGUGUCUGAAAAUGAAGAAAUUAUUAUCUGAGCGUGCUUUAUCACUAUAUUUAAUACAUUGUGUUUACAAUCUGUGAUCGCUGUCAUCGUUAUUUAUUUAAUACCUGCAUCAGAAUGUGACAUCACGUCCUCUUAAAGGUCUAGUGUGCAGGAUUUAGUGCCAUCUAGUGGUGAGGUUGCAGAAUGCAACCAAUGCAUACUUCUACCGUGUGCCAAGUGUGUAGGGCAGGCGUGUUAAACAUACGGCCAGGGCCAGAACCAGCCCAUCAAAGGGUCCAAUCCAGCCCACUGGAUGACCUUGCACACUUCAUGGUGAUACACUUGUGAAGGUUAAGAAGUGCCAGGUUUCAGGAGCAAGUUAAACAGCGAGUAGCUUUCAUCCUGUAAAUUGAAAAUAAGUUUGACAACCCUGGUGUCGGGGAGAAACGGUGGCCAAUGCGAAAAAGGCAAAUGGCCCUUUCUAGAGCUAGUGUUUGGUUUGUCCUUUCUGGACCACUGUUGCCUCAGUCCAGACCUUCGAAUCAGCCCACUCCACCAAGUUCAAGUUGACUAAUUUGUGACAUUGUGACAUGAAACAACAACAACAGUUGAAAUGAAACAACAAUUGUGAGUGCUUUUAACAUCAUAGACACUGCUAUUGAGGCUGUUCUUAAUCGACAUGUCUUCUUAAUACCGCCCAACAUCGUAGUUUGUUUUUUAUUCGUUCUCGAUAAUAUCGGCACGUCAUUGAUAUCGGCCGAUAUUGGCUUUAAAAUUAAAUACCGGAAUCAGCCAACAUGCAUGAUAAUAUCAGUAUAUCAUUGGUGUUAAUAUGCUUACGUUUGCAUAUUUGUUGCAUUUAUACAGGUAACUCUAUACAACAGGCGGUAUAAACUUUUACACGUUAAGAGGAAUGGGGGGACUCUUAUUGUGGAGGGAACAGGAAGUGCACUUAUUAUUGUGGCGCCUGAAGCAUGUUGUUAAAAUGGCUGUUGCCAAUAACGGAGCAGUUGAGUCACCUUAAAAAGUUGACAAGUAAUAAUUGGUAUCGACCGAUAUCGACCAAAUCAGCCAUCAUGCUUUUUCUAAGUUAGCAUGAUGAAUGAAUAUUACGUACAUUGAAAAGUAUUGUAUGUUUCCAUCUGCUGGUGGGCCGUCAUGAUAAAAGUAUACAUGUAUAAUAUGAUGUUAAUUCCACUAGAGAAGAGACUUGAUGAUCACUAAAAUUAGGUGGGAAAAAAGUAGAUAUAUUGAUAUCGGUAUGUAUUAUCAGUCAAAUGAGUUGUUUGGUAUCUGCAUAUUGGAUACCAGCAAAAAAUCCAUCACCGUGCAUCCCUGCUUCGCUCCACUCCACUCUCAAAAUCAAGUAGUCAAAACAGGUAUGUUGGCAUAGCUGCGCAUCAGUAUGGAGUUAAAAUGACGUUAGAUUUGGACGUAUACUUUGGUCUCUAGUGACUGAAUUAGGGAAACUCAAAACCCCGUCCCUCAUGGAAAUCAAUAGAGUGGACACAAUGUCACACCCAAAAAGUAAACAGAGUAUAGAGAGUUGACACCUCUGUCUGAUAUCAGGCAAAAGCCACUGUAGAAACAACAUGGCGGACUCUGUGGAAAAGGACUUGCUGUGUAUGUAGAUAUAAACGUCUCAUUCUAAGGUAACGGUAACACAAUUCUUUGUUUCAGGUGAUUAUAAACUAAUGAAAACAUAAUUAACAAAAAUAUUAUAUCCAUUUCUGCCCAUAUAGUCCCCUAAAUCCUGCACACUUGACUUUUAAGGGGUACAGUUUGUUUAACAGAAAUAUAAUAUGACCGUACCUUCACACCUGGUCUUAACAUUUGAUCUGUAUACAUUAUGUUCAUACUGACAUCUGAUCCUCUGACCUUUGUUUUCACACCUGGUAUUAAUAAGUGAUCCUGUUAUCUUGAUUCUGCCCGUACUAUGAUCAGAUCCAGGUAGAGCUGGUGAAAGGAGAGCAAUGGGGGGUGCUACGACAUGCAAGGUUAGGGUCAAGUUACAGAAGGUGACCGGUAAUUGCAAACUGAGAAGUAGCCCACCUUUAGGUGUGGUCUGACCCAUUCAGUCACACUCUCACUGCAAUGCAAUCUGCAUGCAUUAAAGGGUUACUGUGGUGUUUUCAACUUGGAGUCUAUUUUCACAUUUUUGGGUGUAAGUGACUAAUGAAAACAAUAAUUCUUGUGAAAGUGGUUCUGUUUACGUCCUAUGUAACGUUACAUCACAUAACAAAAUAUAUAGUUGGUGAAUAGGGUGUAAUGAUACAUCGAUCUGGAUCAAUAUAUCAAUUCAAGGAUUUAAAACAAGGAUUUAAAAGAAUGGCGUACUACUUAAUUUGAUGGUGCACAAAUGCCCCCAGUAGUUGUACUUGUUUUUGCUAUGGACAGGCUCAGAUUGUUACUAUAAGGGGCUGUACACAUGCCGCGUCUUUAACCACCUGGAAAAUGCAAGGUCAGGUGCGGGGAGCUACUUUUAUGAGCAAACUUUCAGGAGCGCAGUGGCAGGUUGCGUCUGAGGUUGGGAACACGUGUGUGCCUUUGAGUGUGCCUGCAUUGAAAACAAUGAAUUUGAGCGUGCAAAAAACGUGGCAUGUGCACAGCCCCUAAGUGUCCAACAAUUUAAGCAAAGGAUUCCUACAGAGAUAGACCUUUUUUUUUAAAGAGUAUGGUCAUUUUUGUUUAGCCAGAAACAGCCUGAAAUUGCUGUUGCGGAAAUGACCAGACUCCAUUUAAAAAAAACAGUAAUUUUAGCGUGUACAGAGGCAGCAUAUUUUAAUAUUUAACUAAGUGAAUUGAUUGUUUAUUUCAACCGAACCAGAGUUGAUGAUUGUUGGAACAGUGGAAAGACGAACCAAGAUAGUUUUUGUGGGUUUUAUUUUGUUUCUGUUGGCUUUGAAUGAAGUGUGUUUAACGAUGACAAAAUUACUGUUUAUUUAAAUGGAGUCUGGCUGGUUUGACCAUAGCUAUCUUGGCUGUUUGUGAUUAAACAAAAAGGAUCUUACUCUUUGACAAAAAGGUCUUUUUCUGUAGGGAUCCUGUCUAGAAUGUUGUCAGACAUUUAAUAUAACAAUCUGAGCCUGUCAGUGGCAAAAACAGACACUUUUAAAGGGACGUAAAUUUAAACUGAUGACGUACAAUUGCCCUUAGAGAUUACAUUGCAGCUGGUUUUGCUGCUAUCGGAUACAGCAGUCUCUCUCAAUACAGGACCAGUGUCAAAAACUGAUGUUCCUAUCAGUCAUCUAGACACAGAAACAUGGGAAAAAAGGGUCUGAGUUGAAAAAUACUCAAAUCACCCUUUAACAUCUUCAUUAACCUGUUUAUUUAAUCCAGAUUGCUAUCCAGAUACAAACUGAAUGUUAAUACAAGGUGGAAGCGAGAUCUUGUGUCUCAACAACAUGCUACAUACCAGAUCUGAGCAGGUUUUGUGUGUGAAGUAUGUUCACGAUGGAAAAGUGACAAAACUCGCCAAAACUUAAAAACUUAAAUUCCUUUGAUUUUUGAGUCAAGUGUUGAUGGAAUAGUUUUUCCAUCAAUGAGAGGCACAAAGGAAACACAAGAAGCACUCAGAGCAGCUCCAGGAGGAUCUCACAAAACCAACCAAACAAACAAAAUCAUUAAAUAUUUGUCAAAAGAUUUUGUUUGUUUCUCUUUGUGAAGUUUAAUUGCCGGUGGUUCUGCGAAGUUUGAUCGACAACCGUCGGCGCACGUCUUGCAUAACUUUACUGUCACGACAAAACAGUGACGUACAUUGAUUUCUAACUGACAAAACAAUUUACUGUGAAUCUUAGCAUGCAGCUGGGACACAAAUGAGGCUUCUCUGUUUUUUUAAAUUAAGAUUUUUACCAAGUUGUCAAACUGUCCACCAUUGUGACAUUUAGUCGUUGUAAUAUUCCUCCUUUAAAGCUGCAGCAGGACGACUGUAAUUACUGCAUCACAUCCUGAAAGUCACCUGAGCCUCUCGGCACAGCAGGAUCGCGCUGAGAGCAGCUUUCACUCUCAAAUAGCAAAGAGUGGAAUAACAUGAUUGGCAGUGCGAGUGUGCGUCUGUGUUCCUGAGCGUGACUGCAGAGAAAUCCUGCAGAGAUCGAGGCUGUUACUGCAAAAUCACAUGAGAGACAUUAAAGGUUCUCUGUGGUGAUUCAGUGAUCUUUGUACGGGGGCUUUUAUUUAUUGAGCACCUUGUUAUAAUGAAAGGAAACACAUAUUUGUGAGGUGAGCAGACAGGCUGAGUCAUUAAAUUAUUAAACGCAGAUGAACUGAAGAGAUUCAUUCUGGAAAAGAUGAAGUGUUACAUGAAGACAAAGUGCAUUUGUCGAGCAGUGAUAGUAAAACCACUGGUGCAGAUCAGGUUCAUGUUUUUAGGUUUUUCAAAGCAGUUCAUUGUUUUUUUUCUUAAUGAUACCUUUCACUUGACUAAUUUGACGGUUACAUGUUUUAAUAAGAUUAUUGAAAAGUCACUGUGCAGUUGUACAAACAGGAACUACACCUGCUUUUUAACGUUGAUACUGAAAGUAUAUUAUCCAUUUUGAGUAUAUGGUCUUUAAUGUGUGUUAAAUAGGCUAUUUAUAAGAUGGAUUUAUUUCCCAAAAU